AUACGAGCUCAGCUCAGUUCAGCUCAGUCUUUGGAUUACCGGAUCGAAAAGUUUCAGGUGCCGUCGUAAGGGAUCGGCGUUGUUGCUUUCUCGACCGUUUCAUACCCCAGAAGCACAGCGUCAUGGCUCUACGAUGGACCAAGAUUCGCAUUGGUAGCAAGUAUAUCAACGUGUAUAAUGCCGCGGGUGCGGAUUUCCUGGCCAUUAAUGAAACGAAAGAGGCGAAAAAGUUCCUCUCCAAAGGUGCCCAGGUGAUCAUCCGGAUGCGCGGUCUACCCCAUGAUUGCACCACCCAACAAGUGCUGGACUUUUUCAUCAACGGUGACACGGCGCCCUGCCAUGUCUUGGGGGGUAAUGAAGGCGUACUUUUUGUGAACUCAUCGGAAAGACUAACCACCAAAGACGCGUUUGUUCUAUUUGCCCACGAGUCGGAUGCUGCCAAGGCACUAGGCCGGCACCAAGAUGCCAUUGACCAGCAGAAAAUCGAACUGUUCCGCUCCACAUCCAUCGAAGUACAUGACGCACUCAGGCGUUCUAUUGCGAACUCCAAGUUGGACGACAACCAAAUCCAGCCGCCAUCGAACACAGUUCCCGAAGAUGAAUUCUCUUACCUAAAACUUAAUUAA